AAAAAAAAUCGAUUGUGGCGUGAGAAACUGAAACAGAAAUGGAGUUUGAGGCUUUACCAGAAGGCUGCAUCGCCCUCAUUCUCUCUCGCACCACGCCUGUCGAUGCGUGCCGCUUCUCUCUCGUUUCAAAGCUUUUCCAUUCCGCCGCAGAUUCCGACGCUGUUUGGGAACGUUUUCUUCCUUCCGAUUACCGUUCCAUAAUUUCUGAAUGCUCUCUUCCCAAUUAUCCCUCUAAGAAAGCCCUUUACCUCGCUCUGGCAGAUCACCCUGUCAUCAUUGAUGAGGGCAAGAAGAGUUUUCAAUUGGAGAAAAAGAGUGGGAAAAAGUGUUACAUGCUUUCUGGCAGGGCUCUCUUCAUUGUUUGGGGCGACACUGAGCGAUAUUGGAACUGGACAAUUGACCCCGAUUCCAGGUUCCCGGAAGUUGCUGAACUCAGAGACGUGUGUUGGCUUGAAAUUCGUGGGGUGUUUAAUACCCUUACCUUGUCCCCGGAUACCCAGUAUGCUGCUUAUUUUGUUUUCAAGAUGACCGAUGCCCGUGGAUUUAGAAACCGCCGAGUGGAGGUAUCAGUUGAUUUCAAUGGUGACGGUACCAAAAAUGUGUGUUUGGAUGGAUCAUCAAACGGUGAAAGAGUUGCAGGGUUGCAGCGUCCCAGUUUACGAAGUGAUGGAUGGUUGGAGAUUGAGAUGGGAGAAUUCUUCAAUGUUGGCUUAGAAGAUGAAGUGCAGAUGAGUGUGAUGGAGGUAAAGGCUGGUAAUUGGAAGUCUGGCCUCUUUGUUGAAGGAAUAGAGGUUAGGCCAAAGUAUGAGAAUUAACCAACCGGUGCUUACUGUAUAAUUUAAUUCACAGAACUGCAUAUGCGUUGGUCUUGUUUUUUAGAUAGCACUGGCACAAUGCUGCAUACAUAUUUUAAGCAUAGCUUCAACUAUGAUGUGUUUUCAUACCAGACAUGUACUUCCAACUUAAACAAUUCAGUUCCUCUUUGCAGGAACAAAAAAAAAAAAAAAAAAAA